AUGGAACGUCAACUCCUCCAAGAGCCAGUCCAAGAUCUCCUUGAUGCAUUCAAGAACCCUGAUCCUGAAGAUCCUGAUCAACUUCUCUCAACUUUCACCACAAAUCCCAAACCUCUAGCCCAUGAACAUGGUCUCCCGCAAUUGGCCCCCUUCCUAGGCCGCUCGUUUCAAGGUCAAGAAGGUAUAUCAACUUAUUUCAACCUGCUUUCUUCGUAUCUUGAUAUUGAGAACAUGACUUUUGAGCCCGAGGAAACUUGGAUCAUCGACGAAAGCUGUAUGGCCGUGUCAUUACGUGGCACAGCGACCUUCAUAUGGAAGCAGACGCAGCAAGCUUGGGAUGAAACAUUUUCCUAUCGCAUUAAGGUUGCUGAAGAUGUGAGCGAUGAUGCUGAGAAGCAUGGAUCUUUGAAGGUCAGCGAGUAUCAGGUCUGGGCGGACACUGGGGCUGCGUACCUCGCCAGCUUGGGCGAGUUGCAGAAACAUGGUUCCCAGGAUGAUAUCCAGAUUGACAGCGAUCUAUGA